AAACUCCACCUAUUUAGAUUUGUGUCAAAACUGACAGCAAGAGGAGGAACGUGAGAGACAUCGGAGAGCACAAAGAGAAGAUCACGGAGAAUAAGCUCGAGAAUAAGAUGAAGGGGUGUGGAAUGUAGAGAUUGUGGAAACUGUGCAGGACAACUAGCCAAUGCAUACAAUCUAGAGAACGAAGAGAAGAGAAAUCCAGUAUCUCUCAACUGACGUGACUAGUUAUUUUUUAUUUUCACCUUCUGUUUUCUGUCUUUUCCGUCCUGCAGAACUUCAGGAACAGGAACAGAUCAUCACCAUCAUCAUGAGCAUGCCCACUUCCCCAGCCAAUGCAAUGGUCCCGACUAUCCUCACCAGCAGCACUGGAACAAUGGCAGGAGCUGUGAUCCUGUCCGUCGCCUUCAUCCUCGGCAUUCCCGGCAACCUCUUCGUUAUCUGGAGCAUCGUUGCGAGAACACAACGCCGUUCAGUCACCACCACGCUUAUUCUUAACCUGGCCUGUGCAGAUGGCUUUCUCAUGGUGCUCACGCCAUUCUUCAUCAUCUACCUCAUCCAGCGGACCUGGAUCUUUGGCCUGUCCAUGUGCAAGGUCCUGUUUUACUUCUGCUGUGCCAACAUGUAUGCCUCCAUCUUCCUGAUCACAUUGAUGAGCCUGCACAGGCUGGUGGCCGUGGUGUGGCCGCAUCGUCUCGCCACAUUCAGCUCGCGCAAGACUGUUGUCUGGACACUUUUGGCGACCUGGAGCCUGGCUUUGGUUCUGGCUGUGCCUGUUUUGGUGUUUAGAAAAUUAGAAAUCAGAGGCAACAAUACUGUGUGUGACUGUCUGCACAACAAGACUGAACAUGCGGUGAUGCAGUAUUCUCUGGAGACAGCUCUCGGCUUUGUCCUGCCCUACAGCUUGAUUGUGAUCAGUUAUGGAAGGGUUCUUCUCAGGAUUCGCCGCACGCGUUUUCAGAGACGCAUUCGUAGCGAAAAACUCAUCCUGAUCAUCGUGGUCACCUUCGCACUCUUCUGGCUGCCGUACCAUAUCGUCAACAUGCUACAGGUGGCUGAAAAUUUGCUUAACAGCAAGGGAAAAGAAAUACGUACAAUCCGGACGUUCAUGAGACCCUUUGCUGCUGCAGUGGCCUUUGUCAGCAGCUGCAUUAACCCCAUCCUGUACAUGUGUGUAGGAAAGGCGUACAUACGCCACGCAGGUCUGGCCUUCAUGGCACGUCUCUUCGAGGCCACAGGACGUGAUUCAUCAUCUCGUAAAUCUCAUAACCAGCAGCGUGAAAUGGCAGAAAAUGAUGCACUGCGUGAUAAGGAGUCUGAAUCCACAACAAGUGCAAAUACAAGCAUUAACAUCAAAAUGACACACAUUCAAAAUGGGAAACAGUGAGAUGGGAAACCUCCAGGAGUUGCUGGAGGUUCACAUGUCAGAUAAGAGAAAAAAAAUUUCAAAGCACAUCCUAUGAGGUCAUGAGGAGUUUUUAUUGUGAUAUACCAGCGUGACUGGCGGGAUCAGGUGAAUAUUGCCUUCUUACUCUGAGUGAAAGUCCUGCUGAUCUCUCGUAGUUCAUGUCUCUGUCCAUCAGGUGGCAACAAAAACAUUUCUUUGACUCAUCGCUGCAGUUAAGUGGAUCAGCAAAGAGCUGAAGUCCUGAUACUUUGGAUAAAUGCUGUGUUUCAAUCCAAAAUGACUGCUUUCAACACACUUUGGGAUUCAUUUCAGCACUCAAAGACAGAUCUUUUUUUAUACCGUAUCAGGUCAUUUCAUGUGACUGGAUGUCAUCUUUAAGUGAUUUCAAAAAACAAAACUGCAAACCUGACAUACAAACUUUACACCAAGGUAAAAUCUGGAAUCCCAAGAUGUCACUCAUCAUCAAAAAAACAUAUAGUUGAAAGCAAAACUUUGUGCACCCUUGGGAGAAAAAUAAUGAAGGGAAGACUAGACACUUCUAGCACUUAAAGUCAGCAGUGUAAAAGUUUGCAUCUCCUUCUGAAUGUGAAAUAAAUGUUCUCAAAAAUUAUUAACGAAUAUAAAUAUACACACACUGUCCACUUUAAUAUGAACAUCUGGCGAGAUGAAGAUUUUAUGAUUGAAAAGAUCGUCUGGUCUUUUUCCAAUCUUUGCCUGUCUAAUUCUGAUGAAGGUGUGACACAUUGAGAUGCUUUUUUGCUCACUGUGGUUGUAAAGAGUGGUUAUCUGAGUGAUCAACCUAGCUUCCUGUUAGCUAGGCCUAGUCUAGUCACUCUCCUCUCUCAUCAAUGUGAUGUUUCUGCCCUCAAAAAUCCUGCUCACUGAGUGAUUUUUUUUUUUGCAUCAUUCUGUGUCAAUCCUUAUGAAAGUCCCAGCAGAUCAACAAUUUCUGUGUCAUGUAAUGAUGCACUGAGCUGCUGUGACAUGAUUGGCUGACUGGAAAACUGCAUGAGUGUGCAGGUGAACAGUUGUUCCUAUGAAACUGGUUGGUGAGUGUACAUCCAGGUCAUGAGAUCAAAUAGAAGUAAAAUGUAGAUAUUCUAUAAAAUAUAUUCUAAGUACCCCGUGUCCGCGUGGGUUUCCUCCGGGUGCUCCGGUUUCCCCCACAGUCCAAAGACAUGCAGGUUAGGUUAACUGGUGACUCUAAAUUGACCGUAGGUGUGAAUGUGAGUGUGAAUGGUUGUGUGUGUCUAUGUGUCAGCCCUGUGAUGAUCUGGUGACUUGUCCAGGGCGUACCCCGCCUUUCGCCCAUAGUCAGUUGGGAUAGGCUCCAGCUUGCCUGCGACCCUGUAGAACAGAAUAAAGUGGCUAGAGAUAAUGAGAUGAGAUAUUCUAAGUAUUACUGUUUUAUCCAUAUGUUUUGGAUUGUUGUCUUGUUCUGGGACAUGCCCACUUUUCAUUCAUGAAUUUUUUUUGUGUAAAAUACAGAUGUUUUUCCCUUUUUUUGCAUUCAAACUUUUACACUCAUCUCAAACUGAUGACAGACUGAGGAGAAAAACACUUUAAUAAUGUUUAAAUACGAAAACCUUGGGACAGGAUGUUGAAAUUCAAAUUAAAACUGAAAACUAUGAUUUGUAAAUAAUCUUUGACCUGUGUUGCACUCAGAACAAUACAAAAGCACUUUAUUUGAUGUUUUACUUCAUGUAUUGUAUUGUUUUUUCAAAAUAAACACUUCAAUUUUGAUUCUUGUAACACACUUCAAAAAAAUUUGGGACGGUAAAGCAGUUACUAUUUUAUCAUUUUUCCAUUCCUUCUCACAGCAUUUAAAAGAUGUUUAUGGACUGAAGAUAGCAAGUGACAAAACGUUUCAGGUGUUAUUUUGUCCCAUUCUUCCUGCAAACAAGUCUUAAGGUGUGUAACAGUACAGGGUCAUCAUUGUCAUAUUUUUCUUUUCAAAACUCACCACACAUUCUCUAUUGGGGACAGAGGGGACAGGCAACCUCUCUUUCCACAGCCAUGCCUUUGUAAUGUGUGCAGAAUGUGGUUUUGUAUUGUUGAAAUCUCCCUAGAAAAGAUGUCGUCUUGAAGGCAGCAUAUGUUACUCCAAAAUCUCAGUGCACUUUUCUGCAUUAAUGCUGCCAUCACAGAAGUGUAAGUUACCUUUACCAAGGGCACUGACACAACCCCAUACUAUCACAGACUCUGGAUUUUGGACUUGUUCCUGGUAACAGUCUGGAUGGUCCUUUUCGUCUUUGGUCUGGAGCACACAGCCUCCAUUUCUUCCAAAUAAGAAUGGAAUACGGGUCCUUCGGACCACAAUACAUGUUUCCACUGUGUGAUGGUCCAUCCCAGAUGCCUUGAGCCCAGAGAAGUCGACGCGGUUUCUGGACACAGUUAACAUAGGGCUUCCUUUUUGCACAGUAAAGUUUUAACUGGCAUUUGUGGAUGUAACUCUGUAUUGAAGCUUGACAAAGGUUUGCCAAAGUAAUCCCAAGCCCAUGUGGUUAUAUCAGCUAUACAGUGGUGCUUGAAAGUUUGUGAACCCUUUAGAAUUUUCUAUACCCUUAGCAAAAAGUAGUAUACUUAAAGUUCAUUUUAUUAAGUAUGCUUCAGUAUGAGUAUAAGUAUAGCAAGUAUACUACAGACCAUGUACUUUUAGUGUACUAGAAAGUAUACAAAUUUAAUACUUUUUCGGACUAAAUUGGAACAUUUCAAGUUUAUAAAAGUAUACUUUAAAGUUCAUUUUAAGUUUGCAAAAGUACACUUUAAAGUAUACAACAAGUACACUCAUCUAUAUACUUGGUAUAUCCCUCUUGCAUGCUUAAAGUAUACCACAAGUACACUUAUCGAUAUACUUCUUUUUUUGGGCUUUUUUCACCUUUAAUGGAUAGGACAGUGUAGAGACAGGAAAUGAGCAGGAGAGGGAUCAGGACAUUACCUUGGGUUGGAAUCGAACCCAGGUCCCCAGAUUUAUGGUAUGGCACUUUAGUUGACUGAGCCACAACACCCCUUAGUUACAUACUUCAAGUCCCUAUUUUUAGUUUAUUAUUGUAUACUUUAAGUAUACUGUUAUAAACGUUGGUUAUUUCACUAGUUUACUUGUUGUACUUUAAGUUUGCUUGGCAUAUUACUUGUAGCUUACUAUUUAUAUACUGGAAAUAUACUCCUUAAUGUAUUCUUAAAGUUUACUCAUACUGUAUGUACACAAGAGUGUGAUGCAUUUACAAAAUCACAAGACAGAAUGUUGAAAACAAGUUUGAUAUAUUUUCAAACAUUUCAAAAAUAAAGAACUAUGAAAUCAAGUCCUUCCUUACUGGAGAAAUUGAUCAAUAAAGUCAAGUCAAAAGUU